AACGCUAUUAAAGAUGACGAAGACAAUUUUGAUAUUUCCAGCGACACCCUUGAUGCUGACAGGAGAGACGAAUCUCGGCAUGAGUCAAACAGCAGCAGUCAUGAUUAAAAAGGCUAAGAAAAGAGAAUCUGCUGAGACUGAAAAUCCAGAAAUUGAACAAGGAGAUGGCCUCCCUUUGCCAGAAAGUUGGGCCCAGGCCAAUGCUGUAGUGACGGAGUCAACAUCCUCAUCUGCACCCCCCUUCCUCAUCAGCCACCUCCUCCUCCUCAUCUGACAAUUCCAGCUCCUCCUCCUCCUUGUCCUCCUCCUCCUUUUCAGAAGAUGAGAAGAAAAGAAGAAAACGGUACAAAAAGAACAGGGACAACAAAAAGAGCCACAUCGAAAAGGGAAAGAAGAAGAAGAAAGUGGCAAAAGAAAAGACACUUGGCAGAAGAGCCUGUCAUCCCACGGAGAUCAUUGCCAGACACAAGAGGGUGUUGAGAGCAUACAACAGUGGAAAGAAAUUGGGCAAAGCAUGUGCAUUCGCUGGUGUAACAGAGCUGACGAUGCCCAAGCUUGGGAGCAGUGGAGUGGUGCCACCUGGGAGUCGAGACAGCAGUGGGAUAUGCCGAAGUGGUAGCAUCAGCAGCGCGUCAGGAGGCAAGAUACUGUCCCUGUCAUCCAUGAGUGAGAGUGUGCACAGUGGCCUGAGCUGUUUCUUAUCAGAGCAAGCACUGGAGCAGGAAGAAAAGCAGCAGCGCAGUAGCCAGUUAGCAGAAUUUCAGCGUCUGAGAGAGGUUCGUGCUGCUGCUCAGCUCAAAAACCUGGAGGAUUUUCUCAGGAUGAACCAUGUUUCACUCAGGGACAGCACUUCUUAUUCCACUGGCAUGAUUUACAGAAAUCUGGGCAAAUCAGGCCUGAGAGUGUCUUGUCUUGGAUUAGGCACGUGGGUUACCUUUGGAGGACAGAUAACGGAUGAGGUGGCAGAGGAGCUGGUGACGUUGGCAUAUGAGAAUGGGAUCAAUCUGUUCGACACAGCUGAAGUGUAUAAUGCUGGAAAGGCGGAAGUUGUCUUGGGAAGUAUCAUAAAGAAGAAAGGUUGGAGGCGUUCCAGUUUAGUCAUCACCACCAAAAUCUUCUGGGGUGGAAAAGCAGAAAUGGAAAGAGGAUUGUCAAGAAAACAUAUAAUCGAAGGUCUAAGGGCAUCACUAGAGAGACUUCAGCUGGAGUACAUAGAUGUGGUUUUCGCGAAUCGUCCAGAUCCUAACACACCUAUAGAAGAAACGGUGAGGGCGAUGACCCAUGUGAUCAACCAGGGGAUGGCCAUGUAUUGGGGGACAUCACGGUGGACCUCCAUGGAGAUUAUGGAGGCAUAUUCGGUGGCUCGACAGUUCAACCAGAUCCCACCCAUCUGCGAACAGGCAGAGUACCACAUGUUCCAGAGGGAGAAGGUUGAAGUGCAACUCCCUGAACUCUUCCACAAGAUAGGCAUUGGAGCUAUGACAUGGUCUCCACUGGCCUGUGGGAUCCUCUCAGGGAAGUAUAACAGUGGGAUCCCCUCUUGUUCACGUGCCGCACUCAAGGGUUAUCAGUGGAUGAAGGACAAGAUCCUGAGUGAGGAGGGACACCGCCAACAGAUGAAGCUCAAAGAGUUGCAGGCAGUGGCUGAGCGACUAGGCUGCACCCUGCCCCAACUAGCCAUUGCAUGGUGCCUGAGGAGUGAGGGGGUGAACUCUGUCCUGCUGGGAGUCUCCAGAACCGAUCAGUUGAUGGAGAAUGUCAGAGCAAUACAGGUUCUUCCGAAGUUAUCACUGUCAGUUGUAUCUGAGGUGGAUAACCUCUUGGGGAACAAGCCCUAUAGUAAGAAGGCUUCCUAGAAGAUCCUAGAAGCACCAGG